CGACGACUAUGGAGGAUCCGACUCGGAUUGUGACAGAUCAACCUACUAAAUCUGAUACAGACCAGAGCAUUUCACCCGAUGUGCCCUUGGUGAAGAACAUGGAAUAUCAGCACAACACCACCGACUGCAAAGUUUGAUCACAUGCAGAGUGUGCUCAAUGAGUUGAAUCAGGAUACAUUAAUCACGGGUGUUUGUCAAUAGGAGUGUACCAUUGGAGAACAUCAAAUGCUAUGGCUUUGACAUGGACUACACUCUGGCAGAGAAUUUGGCAGUACGUCCAACCGGUCUCACAACCUCAGACCAUGUGUAUAGCGUCGUGUAAGCGAGCGGUUUGCUGAUGUCAAUGUUGUGAACAGAAUCCCAGUGGUGGAGUUAUUGUACGGGCAGGCAUAAGCUACGGACAGCGAACACAAUUGCAUUUUUUUGCAUAGAGUGGUGUGACAAUUGCACAAUUGCAUAGAGUGGUGUGUCGUACACAUCGAUCCAGAUGUGUACGACAGCGUGAUCCAGUUCCCGCCAAUAUCCAGCAACUUCGCACAGCCAUUGAAGAGGAGUGGGACAACAUUCCACAGGCCACAAUCAACAGUCUGAUCAACGAAGGAGAUGUGUCCCGUUGCAUGACGUGAAUGGUGGUCCCACCAGAUAAUGACUGGUUUUCUGAUCCACACCCCUACUUGUUUUUAAGAGUACAAGUCUCCUGACUACGAGGACCUGGGCUUUGAGCUGCUCAGAGACAGGCUGGUGUCUAUAGGCUAUCCCCAUGAGCUACUGCAUUACACCUACGACCCCACCUUCCCCACACGGGGGACACUAUGCUGGAGAAACAUCUGACAUUUUAUCACUUCAUCAGCAGAUAGACCUCCUGCAGAGAUAGGUCCCCCAAAGGCCUGCGGCCUGGUGUUUGACACAAUGUAUGGUAACUUGCUGAAGGUGGACUCCAAUGGAAACAUUCUGCUGUGCAGUCAUGGUUUCACCUUUCUAAAAAGGGACAAGAUCCAAGACUACUACCCCAACAACUUCAUUCAGAGAGGCAACACUGACCGCUUCUAUAUCCUCAGUACUCUCUUCAACCUUUCAGAGACGUAUCUGGAUGGUUGCCUUGUGGACCUCUUUACCAGAUGCAGCAGAUACGAAAACUGCCAGAAAGGCUUCAAACAUGGUGACUUGUUCAUGUCCUUCAGAAGCAUGUUCCAGGAUGUCCGAGAUGCAAUGGACUAUGUUCAUGAUACGGGCAGUCUGAAGGAAAGCACUCUGAGGAAUUUGGAUAAAUAUGUCGUCAGAGACCUAAACUUGCCUGUUCUCCUGACUCGUAUUAAGGAGGUGGCCAAAGUGUUCCUGGCGACCAACAGUGAUUACAACUACACGGAGGCUAUCAUGAAAUACUUGCUUGAAACUCCACCAGGUGCCAAGUACCCCCAAAAAACGUGGCGCGCCUUCUUUGACCUUGUCGUCGUGGAUACCAGGAAGCCACUGUUCUUUGCCGAGGGAACUGUGCUGAGACAAGUGGACACGAACACAGGGAAGCUCCGUAUUGGAACAUACACUGGAGACCUCCAGCAUGGAACUGUCUACUCUGGCGGCUCCUCAGACAUUGUAUGUGACCUGCUGGACGUGAAGGGGAAGGACAUUCUCUAUGUGGGUGACCACAUCUUUGGGGACAUCCUAAAGUCUAAGAAGAGGCAAGGUUGGAAGACCUUCCUGGUGGUGCCUGAGCUGGCCAAAGAGCUGCAGGUGUGGACAGAGAAGAACCAUCUCUUUGAAGAGCUGAAGCAUCUUGAUAUAUUUUUAGCUGAGUUGUACAAGCACCUGGACAGUAGCUGUAGAGAGUGCCCAGACAUCACUGCCAUUCAGACCAGGAUGAAGGUGGUGACCUAUAGGAUGGAUCUGUCCUAUGGGCAGAUGGGCAGCCUGCUGCGGAGUGGCUCCAGACAGACUCUGUUUGCCAGCCAGCUCAUGCGUUACGCUGACCUGUACUCUUCCACCUGCAUCAACCUGCUCCACUACCCCUUCAGUUACCUGUUCAGAGCCCCACCAGUCCUGAUGCCCCAUGAGUCCUCGGUGGAUAAUCACCCCCUUGACUUCCCUUCACCUCAAUUCUCUGUUCUGGACCAAAUCCAGAAGAUGGCUGAAGCCAAGAGGGCGAGUGAGGAUAACACAGCGGAACUGAAAGACACGUGAGGAUGUAUUUGACAAAACAAUUAUUCCGUUUUGACAUGACUGUUCGCCCAGAUCAAAAAGAAAGGUGUCUGUGUUUUUUGGACUGGCAAUUUUUUUAAGACACAAUACGAUAUAUAUAGCGCCACCUGCUGGAAGACAGUUUUAUAACUCGUUUUUCAUCAAUCACCCCUGCAUUUUCCCCAUGUGAUCAGUUUGCCAAGUGUUAGGGAAAAUACUAUUUGGAUAGACACUGAUUCUAGGUUAAUGUAUAUAAGUGAAUAUUUGUCUUAAUAAUAUAUGUAUUUUUUAUGUAUCUAUUUAGCUACAGUACUUUUACACUCCUAUAUGCAAUACUGAUUUUGUUCCCUGUGCAAAUGUAUUUUAACUUCAAUGAGCAUGUAAACUGAAACAUGUUCAGUGACCAUUAAUGAAAUGUUACUCAUUUGUGGUGAAUUAUUAUGCAGGUUGGCUCAUUAGCCUAUGUUCAAUAAGGAUGUAGCUAGCUCCUUUGUGGUGGAUAUGCUUGUUUGGUGGUUAUUACAAGACCAAGGUUAGAUGGAUUUAUGACAAUUAUUACAUACAGUAUAACAAAUAUUUACUUAUCUCUUGUUGGCUACUCUUCACAGCAUACCCUAUUUUAUUUUUAGAAUCCUAACCUAGCCUAAAGGGACCAUGCUGUUUGUCUUAAACAUGCACAGAUCAAAUAAAAGUAAGGAGUCCAAAACAUGUAUCCUUUCUAGAACGGUGAAACAAAAUUACAGCAUUUUAACAUUCAUUUGAGUGUAACAAACAAGGUUCUUGAGGUGUAUGUACGCUCUCUGCCCAUUGGAUGGCAUUAAAUCGCUGUUCUGUGCAAAACGCUUGCAGCCAACUGCACUGUAUGCAAACCUAUGGGUGGGAUGUCAUUUUUAUCAUCGAAACUUGGAAGACUAUACUGUAGGUUCAUAAUGUGUUUCUUCCACAUUCAAAAUAACAGGGAUUAAAACCCCUUUACCAUCGAAAGCAUUGGUUCAUUGAAAUGUGAAGUGGUUAUAAUGUAACUGAAUUAAUCGGAAUAACACAAAUAUUGAAUGUUCAAAUAGGCUACAGUCAUAUUGAGGUGCAAGCGUGUGCUACUGGCCCAAAGGAUGUUUCUUUCGUUGCCUCUCGCCAGAUCGUUGAAAAUGUUAAUAACAUCCGAUUACUGCAUUUGCUGUCAAAAUCAUUUUCUUAAAGAUUUGAUUUUAGUAACACAGAUUCAUAGGCAGAAUUUAAGCACUUAAGCUAAGUCAUUUGCUCGUAUAUCCUAAUCGUCCAAGUUUUCAGCAGUUUAAAAUUAUUUAUUUAAUCAACCUUCAAAUGAUACAAGAAAUAUAGGCUUAGUUAUAUUUACUACAUCUCAUAAAUGUAAAAACCUAGGCCUAAUUGAUAUUUUCCGGUUGAAAAGAUAUGGCAUAUUCUUCCUAUUAUCACUGCUAAAGGUGGCCCCACAGAUUGAAGCUGGGUCACGUUUGGGAACACGGGUGCGUCAUGUGUAUCCACUUUGCCCUUGUUCCUCAUUAUUCACGAGCCCUUCCUAUACAAUGGCCAAUCAUUGCAGUUAGCCGUGACUAUAGCUACACAAGAUUUAAUUGCAUAUCAUUGCUUUUCAAGACAAAAACACGACAAAACUGUUCAAGGCAAUGUGGCCUUUACAUAGCCUACAGUUUACUAAAUAGAUCUAUAAAUAAAUUAAAUACAAAUGAUUCUUUAACUAUACAAUGAAGACCAAUUUCAAUGAUGAAUCUAAAUAUUUCAAUGUACAGUAUUAACAUUUCAUUAUUGAGACUCAAUCUAGAUAAAGACAAAAUAAAGUCAGGCAUCUAAAGAAAAUUAAUACAACUAUGGCAACAGUUCAUUUUAACCUAAUGAUUAAAUGUUUGCAGUUUUCUUUUUGAUCUUAUUUCUCUCAAAUAAACAUAUAGGCUACCUCA